GCAGGUGCACAUUCCCACACAGGUCGCACGUGCGUCUCCAGUGACCCUCACCUACUUCUUGGGGCCCGUUAACCGAAACUACCUUCAUUUCAUUCUUCGCCUUCAUUCCUCUCUCUCCAUCACAGAGCACACACACACAGAGUGCGGGGACGUGUGUGAUGCAUGCGCAUCGAUCUGCACCCAUGCUCUCCGCCUGCGUAUUUAUUGGAGGGAGGUGCCACCGGAAACGCACUAACGGUAAAUAAAUAAGUGCGACCCAACUGAAAGCCGAUCAAGAUCAAAAAGCAAAGACAGGGAAACACAAAAGAAGAAAGAAAAAGGAUCCACUGUGUGUGUGUGUAAGGCUGCUGAAGCUCCACAAUGCAGGCGCACAUUUUGGGUCUCCUCCUUGCAUCGGUUUGGAGCGAGUGCACCGGUCUCGGAAAUUGGUGCUAUCAGUCCCAGGUGACCUGUGAGUCACGCUGCGUAGGACCAGAUGCUUGGUCUGAAGUGGGUAAAGACUGCAUGAAAAACAGACAGUCACCCAUUAACAUCGUGACCAGGAAAACCGUGGUGGACGACAGUCUCACACCGCUCAAAUUCACUGGCUACCAAGAAGCCUUCAAUGGCAUCCUGGUAAACAAUGGACACACUGUGACAAUGUCUGUGACCCAUCUGGCAAGUGUGAGUGGGGGGAACCUUGGAGCCACUUACAAAGCCUUACAGUUUCACUUUCACUGGGGAGAAGAUGGAGGCCCUGGAUCUGAACACACCAUUGAUGGAGAACAGUACCCCAUGGAGAUGCAUAUUGUUCAUAUUAGGAACGAUUUUAAAUCUUUGGAAGAAGCAUUGAAGGACCCAAAGGGAGUGGCAGUGCUGGGAUUCUUUUAUGAGAAAUCAAAGAGUGCAAACAAAAAGUAUGAUGGACUCAUACAAGCUGUGAGGAAAGUGGAAAGUACUGAUACUAACACAACGGUCAGUGGUAUCUCCCUGAGUAAUCUCAUAUCCAGUGAGGAAAACAUGACCAAGUAUUUUCGUUAUGAAGGCUCUCUGACCACCCCGAACUGUACUGAGUCAGUGGUAUGGACAGUGUUUGAAAACCCCAUCCCACUGAGCAAAGACCAGCUUUCAGUAUUCUCCUCCUUGAAGUUCCAUGAUGACAAGAAGAUGAUCAAAACCUUCAGACCCGUGCAGCCACUCAAUGACCGUAAAGUGUACCGUUCCAGCAGCACUGUCAUCAUGCUCAGCUUCACUCUGCUCCUGAUGUGUGUAUGUUCAGCUCUGGGCCUUUUCCAGCACUACUAGAGGAUGAGCCGAGCCCCAGUCUGGCAGCACCACACACAGAACUGAAAAGUUAAACGGAUUGACAGCCACUUCUGUAUGUGCAUAUCACAGUGAACGCACUUUUGUUUUGGCCUCCAUCUUGGAGGUGAGACUUCAUUUCCACAUAGGCGCAUGAUAUGCUGGUGCUUAUCUGGAAAAGAACUGUGUUCAUUGCUAUCAAUAGAAACCCAGCUAAGUCCUUAGGAGAGAGGCAGAAAGGUUACAAAUGCCUGGCCUUUAUCUGUCUGAGGUAGAGCCAAACUGGAGCCUCAUGCACACACACACACACACACACACACGAGCAGUCAGCAUGUGACCAUUCGUCUGUCAGCAUAGCAUAAUUAUAAUAUGUAUAGGCUAGAUUUGUACACACACACGCGCGCACGGCUAAAGAAUGAUGAACACUUCACCAGGAUGUUCUGAGGUUAAUGACAUUUCUGAACCAAGCCGCUUCAUGAAUUACAGGCCACAAGUCAAAUCUGAUGUUAUUCUCCACAUACCCUCACUCUGGAAACUGAACAUUGGCAGUGACACAGGCCAUAAAGGUAAAACGAUUACAGUCACGUACACACAAUAUAAAUAGAUAAGUCUGAUCAUUUAAAGUGCAUUGUUGCUGAUUUAAAGGCAAAGUUCAGCCAGCAUUCUGCCAAAAAAAACCCAACCCCAAACUAUUUCCUUUUCGACUCAUGUUCAAAAUUCAAAGUAUUUCCUAACAAGCUGAAAUUAUCACAAACAUUCAGAGUGGAGUCAUUUUGGAGUGAAAAAAAGCAAGUUGUUUCCUUGGUGUCACGACAGAAGAUGGUGUCAUUAGCAUGUCGUAUUUUAACAUUUUUAUCAUGCUGAGCAACAGCAAUUUCCUUAGGAUGAAAGUUCUCAGAAACUGUCGAUGCCGACACCCGAGACAUUUACUUCCUCAUAGACAGUGCACCAGUAAGUACACAGUUCUUAUAAUACUUCUAUUCUGUUGGAGCUCGAUCAGCUCCAGGGGCGCCAUGGGGGGGAGUUAGGACAAUUCUAAGGGCCCAGUAUUGACAGAGGGCCCUCAGAGGACACUAUUAAUAUUAUUACCAUGUGUAAGUUAAUUUAAUAAAAAUAUUUUAAUAAUUUUGUCUCUUAAAAUGAGCAAAGACAACAAUCUUCUGGUUUGGGUUUCCAUUUUCUGCAAAAUUAUUAGGAUAGAUCAUCUUUAUAUUUCACCUCUGUCCCUAUUCAUUACAUGGUACAGUCUUGUGUUGGCAGAGCCGGAGCGUGACAGCACAUUAGGUUUGUUGCUUUCCAAUCCAGCACUAACGUCAGCUGCACAUGGUAGGAGCAGAAAUGAUGGUGAACACCAUCAUGAAGAAGUCGGGUUACCAGAAAUGUGUGUGUGUGUGUGUGUGUGCAAUAUUAUAUUCUUUCAUAGAGCCCAGAAUUUCUAGCAGUGCCCCUGAUCAGCUCAGUAACAUCAGAACUGAAUUAACUGCUAAACCUGAAUUAACAGCAAGCCAGUUAGACAACUCAGCAGCUAGCUAAUCUAGCUAAUGUUAAUUUGUCCAACUAGCAAGUUGGCUGCCUGACUAGCAGGCUAAUAAUUAUGCAUAUAAUAGAACAUAGAAAGAAUUAAUUAAUGAAAUAUUACUAGUAUAUAUCAACUGUCAUUUAACAACACCAGCCUACACACUAAUUCAAACUAGCGAAUGUUACCAGCAAACAUUUAGAGGUUGAUUCAAUCCUGACAAUUCGUCACUUAAAUUUUUACUGAAGCAGCAUAAUCCAAACCUCUCACAGGUUUUCUGUCUCCGGUGUGGCGUACAGUCAUUUUGGAGGCUUUUUAAACUCCAAGCUGAAGAGAUUCUACUUUUUAGGGGAUGGAUGUAUAUCAUAAGGCACCUUCGCAAUUUUGUGUGUGUGUGUUUUUGUUGUCGUUGUUUUUACCAGCGUGAAAAUAACUUUAAUUGGUAUCAAAAAUGCGCCAGUGUGCUGUUGUUAUAGCUACUUCAAUGAAAGCAGUUCAACGAAAAAUAACCAAAAGUGGUGGAAUUUUUACACAAAAUAUCACAAACUGAGUCAGCUGGCAUGCUGAAAUUUUAUCAUCUUGUAACAUAUGGAGUGAGCAUGGAAAAUAUAAUCGUAAUUAUACAGGGUGUUUCAAAAAAAUUUGAUAUUAUUUGAGAUGUAAAUAUCCCAGAAACUAUAUAGUCUAGGCAAAUGAAACCAAACAGGCUUAAUGUUGAGCAAUAUAAGAUUUAGUCCUCAAAAUUUGAAUGAGAAAUUCAAAUGUGGAUUCUAUGAACGAUUUCACAAAUGUUCAAUAUUCGCGCUGCCUGAGACACACAGACAGCCUUCCUCUUUGAACUUUUUGUGCCGUGUCCAAAUCUGCAUUGCAGUUGGUGCAUUUUUAGAGAAUUCUCUCAUAAAUGCACGCUGCACAGUCUUGUUCGACUGUGUUCGAGCGUACUCUAACACACAAAACGCCUUUUCUUUUCCAGUCAAUGGCAUUUCUAUAGCUAAAAAGAUAAAAACAAAAAACAUUAAACAUAAAAUUUUGAUGAGUUUCCACACAUGCUGUUAAAAAUUGAGGUCAAUUGAAUGAGAAUUGGCAAAGUUUUUAGAUUGUGAAAUAUAAAUUUUUUUGAAACACCCAUAUUCAAAAAUGUAGUAAAAUAUAAUAUAAUGAUAAACUACAGCACAGGUCAAAAGUUUAGACACACUCAACUACUAUGAAUGAGUGGGUGUGUCUAAACCUUGGCUGGUACUGUAAAUAGCCACAAUAACUAGGUUUAUUAUCUUAUUGUCUCUCAUAGAUGGCCUUCAUACUUUAGUAACAUCAGCAUGAGCAUUCUUAAAGAUUACUUGUAGGAAUUGUCUGAUUCUAGCUCCAAUUUUCUGCAUAUGAAUCUGUGAAAAUGUCCCCACACGUUUUACAUUUUAAUCUUGAAGCUGCUUUGCUCCUGAUCUCUGAAGCGUCGUCAGACCUAUUAGUACAAUACACUUUGCACAUCUCAUGGUCUCUCUACCAGAGUGAAGUGGCUGAUUUAUUUGCUUUUUUCACACGACCAGUGUUCAUGUUCAGUUUUCUGUGGGUCUCAGAAGCCCUGAAUGUGAAUGUACUGUAAAUCUGCAGGAAAAAAAAAUUAAUUGCUAGGAUUUGCAGGAAAAACAGCAAAGAAGAUCAACCCAGAAAUAUGAUAUGAAGACGCACAAACCUCUAUUGUGUUAUUUGUACACCUUUACUGUAUUUAUUUUGGUGUAUGUUAAUAUAUUGAGCAUUGUUCUAACUGGUGAUGUAAUUUAUCGUAAUGUCUCAGCAUUUUUG